AUGUGGCUGUCCAUAGGUCUGUUCCUUCUCUGCUUCCAAGGUUGUUUAUCUCUGACGGGCCCUGGCUCUGUGUCUGGCUACGUAGGAGGCUCUCUCCGUGUGCAGUGUCAAUAUGCACAAUCAUAUAGGGGCUAUACGAAAUACUGGUGCCGAGGACCGCAUGACAAAGGGUGUAAAAGUAUUGUAGAAACCGAUGGAAGUGAGAGAGAAAAGAAGAGUGGCCGAGUGUCCAUCAGAGACCAUGCUGGGAACUCCACCAUCACAGUGACCAUGGAGAACCUCAGUGAAGACGAUGCUGGCUCUUACUGGUGCAAGAUUCAGACGGUUUUUAUCUGGGAUUUUUUGUCACGUGACCCAUCGGUCCGUGUAAAGGUACAUGUUUUCCCAGCCACAACUCCCAUGGAGACCACACACCCAGCCAUAACUCCUUUCCUCCCACUCGUGGAUCCUGGACAGAACCUGAGGAUUCGUGCUAGCACGAUGCUCAUCUUCCAACUGUGGUCUCUGCUCAGCAGCGUCCACUUCCAGGUCCUGGUCUUCCUGAAGCUGCCUCUGUUUCUGAGCAUGCUCUGUGCUAUCUUCUGGGUGAACAGGAAGAUUCCUGAGGGAAUGUAG